AUGUCGUGCUACCUCCACCAGUGCCUCCCUCCAGUCUACCAGGACACCAUCCCCAUCAAGUGCCCGCCGAUGUAUGCUACCAGACACCUGCCAGUGCCUACUUGGCACUCGACAUUGUGCACCCCACAGUAUGUGACCCCCUGCGUGCCCCGGCAGCGGAUCAUGUCCUCCAGCAUCCCCCACCAGCAGUGUGUGACCAAGUGUGUGCCACGGCAGCAACACAUCACCAAGUGCAUGACCCAGCGCGUCCUUCAGCAGCCCUGCGUGACCCGCUGUGUGACAACGUGCGUGCCGCAGCAGCAGUGCGCCACCGAGGGUGCGUCACAGCAGCCAUGCGUGACCAAGUGCAUGCCACAGCAGCAGCGUGUGACCACGUGUGUGACCCCUUGUGCCCCCCAGCAGCAGAGCGCGAGCGAGUGCAGCCCGCAGCAGCACGUUGCCAGGUGCGUGACCACCUGUGUCCCGCAGCAGCCGUACCCAAGCAAGGGCAUCCUGCAGCAGCAGGGGGCCACCAAGUGCGUCCCCCAGCAGUGCGUGACCACGUACAGCCCGCAGUGUGCCGCCAGGUGUGUCACCACCUGUGUCCCGCAGCAGCGUGCCGCCAAGUAUGUCUCACACAGGUUUGUGACCUCUUGUGCCCCGCAGCAAUGUGCCACCACGUAUGUCCCGCAGCAGUGUGCGACCAGGUGUGUGACCAAGUGUGUCCCGCAGCAGUGUGACACCGAGGGUGCUACCAUUUGUGUGCCAGAGCAGUGUGUGACAACUUAUGUCCCACAGCAGCAGUGUGCCACCAAAUGUGUCCCGCAGCAGCAGUGUGCCACCAAGUGCGUGCCACAGCAGCAGUGUGCCACCAAAUGUGUGCCACAGCAGCAGUGUGCCACCAAAUGUGUGCCACAGCAGCAGUGUGCCACCAAAUGUGUGCCACAGCAGCAGUGUGCCACCAAAUGUGUGCCACAGCAGCAGUGUGCCACCAAAUGUGUGCCACAGCAGCAGUGUGCCACCAAAUGUGUGCCACAGCAGCAGCAUGUGACCAAGUGCAUCCCACAGCAGCAUGUGACCAAAUGUGUCCCGCAGCAGCAGUGUACCACCAAGUGUGUGCCACAGCAGCGAUGUGCCACCAAGUGUGUGCCGCAGCAGCAGCAUGUGACCAAAUGUGUGCCACAGCAGCGAUGUGCCAAGUGUGUGCCACAGCAGCAGUGUGCCACCAAGUGUGUGCCACAGCAGCAGCAUGUGACCAAAUGUGUGCCACAGCAGCAGUGUGCCACCAAGUGUGUGCCACAGCAGCAGUGUGCCACCAAAUGUGUGCCACAGCAGCAACAUGUGACCAAGUGCAUCCCACAGCAGCAAUGUGCCACCAAGUGUGUCCCACAGCAAUAUCAGUCAGGUGGAGUAAAAAUUUCGAGUCACUCUAAAAAGUACUGCUCUGCUUCCAAAUGGCCCUGGUAA